AUGUCCAACCGGAGCGUGUCUUCUAUCGGAAACUUACACGGGAAAGUAAAAUGUUGCGAUGGCUGGGGGCCGAGAACACAUGAACACGAAGAUCCACUGAUGCUUCAUACCCGAUCGAGAAGGAAAGUGGAGUCUGGGAAGAGUGGAGAGCUCCUAGCUAGCUAUGCAUAUGGAAGGACAAGAGAAGAUGAAGACGAGGCCGAUUACAGCAGAACCACAGCAGUGACCACACCAAUUUCAUGUGAAGCCUUGGAGUGGGAGAUCUAG